UCACUUUCAGGAGACAAACGAACAGAUCUUUUUAUUUUCUGCGUUUUUAUACUUUCGCUUUCCUUUCUAGCUCCCCUGUUUCACGUCUUCCAUAUCUCUCUUCCUCUGUUUCACCUUAUAGCUCGCAUCUUUUCCUCUAUCCUCCUUUGUGUAACGUCCAACAUAGCUUCCUCUUGCUCUGUUUCACCAAGGGCACUACUGUUUGAUCGAAUCAAAUGGAGGAAAAAAACCAAACAGACGAUUUCUCUUCCCAUAAACACCCAACUCUCCCUCAAGUCGUAGAGGAGCUAAAAGAACUCUGGGGCAUGGUCCUACCGAUCACAGCAAUGAACUGUCUAGUCUACGUACGCGCCGUCGUCUCCGUCCUCUUCCUCGGCCGUCUCGGUAGCCUCGAGCUCGCCGGAGGAGCUCUCUCGAUCGGUUUCACCAACAUCACUGGCUACUCCGUCCUCGUGGGCCUCGCCUCUGGUCUCGAGCCCGUGUGUAGCCAAGCCUUCGGUAGCAAGAACUGGGACCUCCUCACGCUCUCUCUCCACCGCAUGGUCGUGAUUCUCCUGAUCGCCUCCCUGCCCAUCAGCCUACUCUGGGUCAACCUCGGGCCCAUCAUGCUGUUCAUGGGCCAAGACCCGGAGAUAACGGCUACGGCCGCUGAGUACUGUCUCUACGCGCUUCCCGAUCUUUUGACUAACACUCUGCUCCAGCCGUUGCGGGUUUACCUGAGGUCGCAGCGGGUGACGAAACCGAUGAUGUGGUGCACGUUGGCUGCCGUGGCGUUCCACGUGCCGUUGAACUAUUGGCUCGUGAUGGUGAAGCGAUGGGGUGUUCCUGGCGUGGCGACUGCUUCCGUUGUGACGAACUUGAUCAUGGUUGGGCUUCUGGUGGGCUAUGUUUGGGCUAGUGGGAAGCUGCAGAAGAGGGUUAGUGGGUCUACGGUGGCGGUGGCGGCUCAGUCGUCCGCGGUGGAGUUCUUUGGAGGGUUGGGACCGUUGAUGAGAGUGGCGGUUCCGAGUUGUUUGGGGAUAUGUUUGGAGUGGUGGUGGUAUGAGAUUGUGACUAUAAUGGGUGGUUACUUGGAGAAUCCUAAGCUUGCUGUGGCUGCUACUGGGAUUUUGAUUCAGACAACAAGUCUUAUGUAUACUGUUCCUAUGGCUUUAGCUGGAUGCGUCUCUGCUCGGGUUGGAAACGAGCUCGGUGCAGGUAGACCAUACAAGGCGAGACUAGCUGCCAACGUGGCUCUAGCUUGCGCAUUUGUGAUAGGAGCACUGAAUGUGGCUUGGACGGUGAUUUUAAAAGAGCGUUGGGCAGGGCUUUUCACUGGAUACGAGCCACUCAAGGUGCUGGUCGCUUCGGUUAUGCCAAUUGUCGGGCUUUGCGAGCUAGGGAACUGUCCGCAGACUACUGGUUGCGGUAUUCUAAGAGGGACAGGCCGACCUGCGGUAGGGGCGCAUGUGAAUCUUGGGUCGUUUUAUUUUGUUGGGACGCCUGUGGCCGUUGGACUAGCGUUUUGGUUAAAAAUUGGGUUUAGCGGGUUGUGGUUUGGGUUGCUUUCGGCUCAAGCAGCUUGCGCGGUUUCGAUAUUGUAUGCGGUUUUGGCGAGGACUGAUUGGGAAGGAGAAUCGGUUAGAGCGAUGAGGUUGACGAGUUUGGAGAUGGGGAAAGUUGGGAAGGAUGAAGAGUCCUCGUCGUUGUUGUUGGUGGAUGAUCGUAAUGGGAGUGAUGAGAAGUUGAGUGAUGUUUUGUAAUAAAGUGUGGGGUCAAAAAGACUUAUGGUUGUUUGGUUGGUUGAUCUUUGGUAUUUUAACUAGUAGCGAGUGUUGUUAAUGUUUUUGUGUCCAUUUAGUUUUCUAAUUGAAACCAUUGGAAGCUAAAUCAUU